CUGUGUGCGCCCAGGGGCGGCCGAUGCCCCUCGCGCUCUCCGCUCCGCCGCCACAACUGAGCCGCAUCGGGACCGGGCGCCGCGCGUCGGAGCCGACACCCGGCCACAAUGCUGCUUGGGGCAUCUCUGGUGGGGGCGCUGCUGUUCUCCAAACUGGUGCUGAAACUGCCCUGGACCCAGGUGGGGUUCUCCCUGCUGCUCCUGUACCUGGGGUCUGGCGGCUGGCGCUUCAUCCGAAUCUUCAUCAAAACCAUCAGGCGCGAUGUCUUUGGCGGCAUGGUGCUCCUAAAAGUGAAGGCAAAGGUCCGACGGUACCUACGGGAGCGAAGGACCAUACCCAUGAUGUUUUCCUCGAUGGUACGGCGCCACCCAGACAAGACAGCCCUCAUCUUCGAGGGUACAGAUACUCACUGGACCUUCCGCCAGCUAGAUGACUAUUCUAGUAGCGUAGCCAACUUCCUGCAGGCCCGUGGCCUGGCCUCGGGUGAUGUGGCUGCUCUCUUCAUGGAGAAUCGCAAUGAGUUUGUGGGCCUCUGGCUGGGCAUGGCCAAGCUGGGUGUGGAGGCGGCCCUCAUCAAUACCAACCUCCGGCGCGAUGCCCUGCGUCACUGUCUCAACACUUCCAAGGCAAAGGCCCUUAUCUUUGGCAUCGAGAUGGCACCAGCGGUCUGUGAGAUCCAUGACAGUCUGGACUCCUCACUAAGCCUCCUGUGCUCCGGGCCCUGGGAUCCCAGCACAGUGCCUGCCAGCACAGAGCACCUGGACCCUCUGCUGGAGGACGCCCCCAAGCACCUGCCAAGUCUCCCUGACAAGGGCUUCACAGAUACACUCUUCUACAUCUACACGUCAGGCACCACGGGGCUACCCAAAGCUGCCAUCGUUGUGCACAGCAGGUAUUACCGCAUGGCUGCCCUGGUGUACUACGGAUUCCGCAUGCGACCUGACGACAUUGUCUAUGACUGCCUCCCUCUCUACCACUCAGCAGGAAAUAUCGUGGGAGUCGGCCAGUGCCUGAUCCAUGGCAUGACGGUGGUGAUCCGGAAGAAGUUCUCAGCAUCCCGGUUCUGGGACGAUUGUAUCAAGUACAACUGCACAAUUGUGCAGUACAUUGGCGAGCUGUGCCGCUACCUCCUCAACCAACCAACCCGGGAGGCAGAGACCCAGCACCGAGUACGCAUGGCACUGGGCAACGGCCUCCGGCAGUCUAUCUGGACAGAUUUCUCCAGCCGCUUCCACAUUCCCCAGGUGGCCGAAUUCUAUGGGGCCACUGAGUGCAACUGCAGCCUGGGCAACUUUGACAGCCAGGUGGGGGCCUGUGGCUUCAACAGCCGCAUCCUGUCCUUCGUGUACCCCAUCCGGCUUGUACGUGUCAAUGAGGACACCAUGGAGCUGAUCCGGGGCCCCGAUGGCGUCUGCAUUCCCUGCCAGCCAGGUCAGCCAGGCCAGCUGGUAGGCCGCAUCAUUCAGCAAGACCCAUUGCGCCGCUUUGAUGGCUACCUCAACCAAGGUGCCAACAACAAGAAGAUUGCUAAGGAUGUCUUCAAGAGGGGGGACCAAGCCUACCUCACCGGUGAUGUGCUGGUGAUGGAUGAGCUGGGCUACUUGUACUUCCGAGACCGCACGGGGGACACAUUCCGAUGGAAAGGCGAGAACGUAUCCACCACCGAGGUGGAGGGUAUUCUCAGCCGCCUGCUGGACAUGGCUGACGUGGCAGUGUAUGGGGUUGAGGUCCCAGGAACUGAGGGCCGGGCAGGAAUGGCUGCUGUGGCCAGUUCUGCAGACAGCUGUGACCUACAGCGCUUUUCACAGGCCUUGAGGAAGGAGCUCCCCCUGUAUGCCCGUCCUAUCUUCCUCCGCUUCCUGCCUGAACUGCACAAAACAGGUACCUACAAGUUACAGAAGACAGAGCUGCGGAAGGAGGGCUUUGACCCCGCCGUGGUGAAAGACGCCCUGUUCUACCUGGAUGCCCGGAAAGGCUGCUAUGUCCCUCUGGACAGAGAGGCCUAUACUCGCAUCCAGGCAGGCGAGGAGAAACUGUGAUCGGACCCCAUGUCCCUCCGAGGCCCAUCAGAGAGGCUGGGUCCAUGGCUGCAGCUUCUACCUGAGAGGGGUUGUGGGUGAUGCCAGACCAAAGCAAGCAGGGCCCGCACCUCCACCCCAAGGUGCUGACCACCUCCCUCCAAAACUGCCAAGUGACUCACUGCCACGUCCCCACCCUGCCAGGGGCUUUCCGUGAAAGCUUCCUCUUGUCCAUGUUCUGUCUCCUGGGCCAGGCAGAGCCUUGGGGCCCCAGGCAGAGACUGACAAGCACCUUCAAGAUGAUGUCUUCGGUUAGGCAGGGCAGGGAGAGACAGAGGGUCACCAAGCUCCCUCCAAAGAGUAGGGAGCAUGCAAAAAGGACCAAGGCAGAAGCCCCCAAACUCAGGAAGCCAACAGAGGGCAAGGAUGGUGGUGGCCAUCCCUCAAGUGGCCAGAGGAUCCUGGCUGCCCAGCUACUAAAGUGGCAUUCGACCCUCUGCCAUCUCCAAGAGUGGAAGAGGAGGAUGACCCAGCA